CGGGAGUUGGUCCUCCGCUGUUGGAGAGCGCGGAAUCGUGGAGUAGAGGCAGCCGACGACGCACUGUCCGGGUCGUGGUUCUCGUCGCGGCUCCUGUUCUCUUCUCGCGGCAGUUUCGUUCGGGUUGAAUGGACGAGGGUACCAAGUGCAGAGUGCCGAUCGGCGACGCCUGCGUGUCUAUGCGCGUGUGCUUUGACUCUUUGUGCUUCUCGUCGACGCAGCAGCGGCUCGCCGACGAGGAGGACGCUUCACAGCUGCCGACACACGGCGCCGUGGCCGUGGUCGCUGCAGCCGGCCAGAGGGCCAUUUCGAACGUCACCGGAGCGUCCACGAUUACAGCGAUGGGCACCCUUCGAGAGCUGCAGGAGUUGCUGCGUGUCAAGGACGAGAAAAUCAUCGAGCUCGAAGCGCUUCUCUGUCGUCGCGAUGCCGAGAUACAAGAAUUACGAAGUCAUCUCGACAAGUUCCUCAGUGUGCUUCCCUUUAAAUCACCCUUGACACCGACGAAACCGAGGCCCAGGAAGCAAAGGGCUCAGGGAAUUUCCGCGGAACCACCGCUGCAAGAGCUUGCUACGCUGACAAUCGUCGACAAGAGCGACAGAUCUCGUGAACUGAUCAAAGCAGCCAUUUUGGACAAUGACUUCAUGAAGAACCUCGAGCUGACGCAGAUCCGAGAGAUCGUGGAUUGCAUGUAUCCUGUUACCUUCUCGGCUGGUUCAACCAUCAUACGUGAAGGAGAUGUUGGUUCCAUUGUGUAUGUUAUGGAGGAGGGGAAGGUCGAGGUGUCGCGUGAUGGUAAAUAUUUGAGCACGUUGGCACCAGGAAAGGUACUUGGCGAACUGGCAAUUCUCUACAACUGCAAAAGAACAGCGACGAUAACAGCAGCUACUGAUUGCCAGCUAUGGGCCAUCGACCGACAAUGCUUCCAAACCAUUAUGAUGAGAACUGGCCUUUCACGGCAGGCCGAAUAUACGGAUUUCUUAAAGAGCGUUCCUAUCUUCAAGAAUUUGCCCGAGGAGACUCUAAUAAAAAUUUCAGACGUAUUGGAAGAGACUUUUUACAACAAUGGGGAUUACAUAAUCAGGCAAGGAGCGAGAGGAGAUACAUUUUUCAUAAUAAGCAGAGGACAAGUUCGCGUCACGAUAAAACAGCCCGAUACACCGGAAGAAAAAUAUAUCAGGACGCUAAGCAAAGGCGAUUUCUUUGGUGAAAAAGCUCUUCAAGGGGAUGACCUGAGGACGGCCAACAUAAUCGCCGACGAUCCGGAAGGAGUGAGUUGCCUGGUGAUAGACCGUGAAACGUUCAAUCAACUGAUCUCGUCCCUGGACGAAAUUCGUACACGAUACAAAGACGAGCUCGUUGAACGUAGAAGGUUGAACGAGGAAUUCAGAGAUCUAAGACUGCAAGAUCUUCGACCAUUGGCCACUCUAGGUGUGGGCGGUUUCGGAAGAGUCGAAUUAGUUCAAAUAGCUGGUGACAGUUCGAGAUCCUUCGCUUUGAAACAGAUGAAGAAAGCCCAGAUUGUUGAAACGCGACAGCAACAACACAUUAUGUCAGAGAAGAGAAUUAUGGGGGAAGCUGAUUGCGAUUUCGUGGUAAAGUUAUUCAAAACGUUCAAGGAUAGGAAGUAUCUUUACAUGCUGAUGGAAGCCUGUCUUGGUGGCGAGCUUUGGACUGUUUUAAGAGACAAGGGUCACUUUGACGAUGGAACGACAAGAUUCUACACUGCUUGUGUCGUAGAAGCGUUCGAUUAUCUUCAUUCUAGGAAUAUUAUAUACAGAGAUCUCAAGCCGGAAAAUCUCUUACUUGACAGUCAAGGAUAUGUAAAACUCGUCGAUUUUGGUUUUGCCAAACGUUUGGAUCAUGGAAGAAAGACGUGGACCUUCUGUGGCACGCCUGAAUACGUUGCACCGGAAGUUAUAUUAAAUAAAGGGCACGAUAUCAGUGCCGAUUAUUGGUCUCUUGGUGUUCUGAUGUUCGAACUUCUUACGGGUACACCACCAUUCACUGGUGGCGAUCCAAUGAAGACUUAUAACAUUAUUUUAAAAGGAAUCGACGCUAUAGAAUUUCCUAGAUCUAUCACGCGAAACGCGACUGCGUUAAUUAAAAAGCUCUGCAGGGACAAUCCAGCGGAGCGUCUUGGUUACCAAAAGGGUGGCAUUAGCGAAAUACAGAAACACAAAUGGUUCGAUGGUUUUAAUUGGGAAGGUUUAAGAGCAAGAACACUUGAACCUCCAAUCAUGCCGCGAGUUCAAAAUGCUACAGAUACAACGAACUUUGACGAGUAUCCUCCAGAUUCAGAUCCACCACCACCUGAUGAUAUAUCCGGAUGGGAUAAUGAUUUUUAGUCAAGAUCUAUUAAUAAUUCCUUUAAAGAAAUUGCUCUUGAAAAAGAACGUAUGUGAAACUUCGAACCGUGUUCGACAAAUAGCGAAAAAAAAGAGAUCGGUGGAGAAUGUGACUAUCAGCAUCUGCAUUUAUUCAAUAAGCUAAUAUGUGAUGCAUAGAUAAUCGUCUAAGAUAACAUCGAUCAUCGAAAAACAUGAUAUGGAUAAAGACGAAACUGGUCUGUGAUAAAAGAAUCAGGCCGUUAAAAAGUAAGUUUUUCAAAAAAAUCUUCGUAUUUGUUAUGUAAUCUAUGGAUGUAAAUGAUCGCACCAUAAUAUCUAAGGAGGCAUACGAAUUUUUUACGCAAGACGAUUAUUAAUCCAUAAAGAUUAUUAAUUAUAAAUUGCAUCCGAUUUAGAAAAAUAUUUACACACACGAGCUCGCGUUCGAUAAAAUAAAAACUCGAACGUGGCAUCGUGAGAUGCGCACGAAUGCGUCAAGUGCCAUAUCUAAAAAUGGUAAAAGUCGAAUACGAUAUGUGUGUAUAGAAAGAAUGACCAUACGACAUGCACGAUAUUCAGUUAGCUCAAAUUAUAAGAAACAUCUUGCCAUCAGAUUCUUAUAUCGUGCACUCGGUUUCGCAGAAUGAAUCACAUUGAAUUCUUCUCAUAACCGAUUCAUUGUUGUUUGAUUUACUUUAUAGUUUAUUGUAAUAAUUCUAUUUUAAUUAAUUAAUACGAAAACGUGACUCUUGUAAAUAAUUGACUAUAAAUAAAUAAAUAUAUAUAUAUAUAUAUAUAUUACAUAUAUAUACUUAAAGUUCAAUGAAUAUCAAUAAUAAAGUUUUAUUAAUGCUAA